CUAGCUCUACGCUCUGAUCUGUACUGAAUAUCCAACAGUCGACAGAAGCGUUAACGAAGUACGGUUUCCAGUCGUCUCGUGUGGAGUUCACGCAAGACAGUGAGCUGAGGGAUCCAGAUGUUGUCGUGGAAGCGUUGCAAGAUAUUGAGUGUGUAAGAGCGGUCUUUCUGCUCUGAUUACGCUGCGGCUUCUCUGAUAUGGCCCUUGUCGCCAGGCAUAUGCCGACAUCCUCAAAAUGAAAGACCACGUCGAACUCUUAACACCUGAAAAUCUCAAGGCGGUACACGCCAAGCUCAUGAAGUCGCUCAAAAUACAAAUCGUUGAGAAUAGUAUCCACAGCAGCGGUACGACUGGCCAUAGCAGCAACAACGCCGGAACCCUUCACUACGUCAACGCGGGUUGUACACGACAGACAACGCAGAAAACAGCGGUCGUGCGAAACAACCACUAUAACCUUGCCUUUUGCCCAGUUAAGUUCGUGGAUCAGCAACUUGACUACAUCUGUAAGAUGGGGAGGCAAUACAUUGCGAGGUGGCGAAAUCCGUUUGCAACUGCAGCUUGGUUGCAUGUCACCUUUACGCGUUGUCAUCCAUUCGAUGAUGCAAAUGGUCGGAUGGCCCGUCUUGUAUCCUCCAUCCCACUCUUGCGCUUUGGCUUUCCACCCCUUUGUAUCACUCCGAAUGGAAGGAGAGUUUACUAUGACAGUAUGAACAUUGCUUGGGAGGGCGACUAUCAGCCCAUGAUAGACUGCUUUGUAGAUUGUAUCAGGGAUGCUAUGACUGAUGUGGACAGGAUAAUGGGUUGAGAAAUGUUACGCGAUGACUAUAUGACUUUUCUGCGCCUCUCGGUUCAUAUCCGAUCCGUCUUAUCGUUCUCUUCACUGUUUGUUCUGGAAUGGUGUUAUCUCAUAUGGUAUUCACGCUUCGUGUAUCAUGCUUUUGUGUUCUCCGAUGACCUAAGUUUCAUGCUACCUUCUAAUUCUGAGUUCCUCCAUAACGUCAACACGUUACAAAUUGUAACCGCAGUUCUCAAACGAGUAACACGAUUGAAGUAAUGCAACGGGGUACAUGGAGCAACGUAUCAUCCAGACCAAUAACGUCUCAUUC